CUGGUGUUUGGGAGGGUUGAACGCUGAAAACAUUCAUGGAGGAGCUCGAUGAUGUCAUCUGAAAACUCACUCCCCCAAGUCAAAGGCACCGAUUUGUUCUCUUCUUUUUUAUUUUCGCCCUAGAGUUUCUCCAAUGCGUCGCGGACCACAGCACAAAAGGUAGUCAAAUAACGAGGUAGUCAAAUAACUGAAGUUAAACUGUAGAUAAGCUUUGCUGUCUAAACGACGCGGGACUAAGGGGGUUUGGCGACUGGACAUAGAACCAAACAGCCCCUUUUCUGUGGGCGAGCGCGUCAACUUUUAUUCGAACCCCAAAAAUGAAUCGGAGUUUUAAUAAAUCCCAGUCUUCCCUGCAAUACUUGGACUGCAUCGCGGUUGAAGUGAAAAGCAAGUACGGAGCAGAGUUCCGGAGGUUCUCCGUGGACCGUUUCAAACCGGGGAAGUUCGAGGACUUCUAUAAGCUCAUCAUGCACGUUCACCGCAUCUCCAACAUGGAGGUCAUGAUUGGCUACGCUGACAUCCACGGAGACCUGCUGCCAAUCAACAACGACGACAACUUCUGUAAGGCGGUGUCUACGGCCCACCCACUGCUCCGGGUCUUCAUACAGAGACAAGAGGAGGUCGACUACAGCAGCUACGGGACCCACUCUCUGACCCGGAAGAAGAAGGCUGUGGUGGCGCUGAGGAACGACGUCAACAGGAAGCGACCUCACAUCCGCAUCGGAAUGCCGCAGGACUUCCGGCCAGUCUCCUCCAUCAUCGAUGUGGACAUCUUGCCGGAGUCCCACCGCCGCGUUCGUCUCUACCGUCACGGCUCCGACAAACCCCUGGGGUUCUACAUCCGGGACGGGACCAGCGUACGGGUGACACCACAUGGCCUGGAGAAGGUUCCUGGGAUCUUCAUCUCCCGCAUGGUACCUGGCGGCCUGGCUGAGAGCACAGGGCUGCUGGCCAUCAACGACCAGGUGCUUGAGGUGAAUGGGAUUGAGGUGAUGGGCAAGGUGUUAGACCAGGUGACAGACAUGAUGAUCGCAAACAGUCACAAUCUUAUCAUCACGGUGAAGCCGGUGAACCAGCGGAACAACGUGGUGCGAGCCAGCCGGAUCUCCGGCAGCUCCGGUCAGUCGUCAGACAGCAGCGGUUCCACCGGCUACCCCAGCCUGUCCACCACAGCCAUGGCGACCGGUGCCCACGGCUACGCCGACGAGCUGGAGAGCGACGAGGAGUCAGACAUCGUCAUCGAGAGCAGCCUCAAGCGGCCGUCGCGGCGCUCCAACACAUCAGUGGUGUCUGUGGCAUCAACAUCACGCUCCCACACCCAAGCCCCUCCCCCAGCACCCGUGGAACACCCCAGCCCCCCUACCCGACCGCUCUCUGUGGUUUCCACCGCCUCCUUCCACUCCCAACCCUCCUUCCACUCCCAGCCCAGCCUCAACGGCCUCUCCCACCACGGCAGCCUCAGCUAUAUGCUGCACAGGGACCUGAACCUACAGCACCCACAGUACCAGCCCCACACCCUCCAGCACCACCAUUCCCAGCACCACAGCAGCAACCCAGCCCUCCGGGAGAGCAACGGCAGCCUCCACAAAAUCCUCAGCACCAUGAGGACGGACCCUCGACACAGCCUGGCCCUGCCCCGGGGAGGGGUGGAAGAGGAUGGCACCGUCAUCACCCUAUAAUACACACAACUACACUUUUAUAACACAGACACACACACUUGGAUGUGAGCUGGAGCCUCCCCUGCCCGGUAUAUCCACCAUGAGAAUGAAUAUUGUUCCUCAAACCUCCUCCUAAUUUCUUUAACAUUUUUCUAAGACAAAUAAUCCAGGAAACAAGGAGAGUUUAUUCUGUAUUGUUUGAAAGUGUUCUAUGUCUUGUAAAUGUCCUGAUGGGAUUCACCUGCUAUCCUUUAGUGACCACUUUUAAUCUGAAUUGCCAUCUUCUUUUUGGGACCAACCCUGAGCUUUUGUUUUUAAGAACAAUUAUGUGUAUGUAAAAUGCUGCCUGUCUGUACUGAUCCUCUAUCUCUGUAUUUUAACUGGAAGAUUCUCAUCAAUCAUCUGUAUCUAUUCCAAUAAAUUAUUCUAAGCUUUAAUGAGAAAGUGUUGGAUCAUCACAUGUACUAAAACUCUUACUUCCCUUACCAGCAGUCAUUUAUACCUGGUACGUUUUGAACCGCUAUCAAGGAAUACUUCCUACACUGAAUAUGGGCCUAGUCUAUAUCCUGUUUCCUCUACUCCACCAGUUCUGUUUGUGAAGCUCCUAUCUUUACUGUUUACUCAAGACACCUCGGCUCAGCUGUGAACCCUGUUACACCAGGGAGGGGGAUGUGAACCCUGUUACACCAGGGAGGGGGAUGUGAACCCUGGUUACGACAGGGAGGUGAUGGAACCC